GUGUAGAUGCGUGGCAACAUAAAGGACAGUGAAAGAGAAGCCAAGGGAGUUGGAAAGAGGAGAAAAGAAGAGAAGAGACGCAGAGAUCUACCUUAUUCUUUUACUCUUCCCUCUCUCUCUUGCUCUUUCACACUCAGACAUGGGCUUCCCAGCCAACGGCGCCUCAGCGGACCACCCCAUCAAGUUCCUUAUCUACGGCCGUACGGGCUGGAUUGGUGGUCUCCUCGGUACCCUCUGCCAGGCCCAAGCCAUCCCCUUCCAGUACGCCUCGGGCCGUCUCGAGGACCGGGCCUCCCUCGAAAAGGACAUAGCUGAGGUCAAGCCCACCCACGUAUUCAACGCCGCCGGUGUCACGGGCCGGCCCAACGUGGACUGGUGCGAGUCCCACAAAGUCGAAACCAUCCGAACCAACGUCGUCGGAACCCUCACUCUCGCCGACGUCUGCCGCCAACACGGCCUUCUCCUCCUCAACUACGCCACCGGUUGCAUCUUCGAGUACGAUUCCGGUCAUCCUCUCGGAUCCGGAAUCGGCUUCAAAGAGAACGACACUCCCAAUUUCACCGGUUCCUUCUACUCUAAGACCAAGGCCAUGGUGGAGGAUCUGCUUAAGAACUACGAUAAUGUGUGUACCUUGCGAGUGAGGAUGCCUAUCUCGUCUGAUUUAUCGAAUCCGCGCAACUUCAUCACGAAGAUCACUCGAUACGAGAAAGUUGUUGAUAUUCCGAAUUCCAUGACUAUAUUGGAUGAACUUCUUCCCAUUUCGAUUGAGAUGGCGAAGAGGAAUCUGACUGGGAUCUGGAACUUCACAAACCCUGGAGUGGUUAGUCACAAUGAAAUUCUAGAGAUGUACAGAGAGUAUGUUGACCCAAACUUCACCUGGAAGAACUUCACUCUUGAGGAACAGGCGAAGGUGAUAGUUGCCCCCAGGAGCAACAAUGAGCUUGAUGCCACCAAAUUGAAGACUGAAUUUCCAGAAUUGCUGUCUAUCAAGGACUCCCUCGUCAAGUAUGUCUUCCAGCCCAACCAGAAGGUUAAAGCUUAAGUGUAAAGGUUCCCUCUUUUAUCAUUAUUAUUCUCCUCAUUGAUUUAAGUGUGCCUGUAUUUUUAUUUUAUGUUGUAUUUUGAAUUUUUACCUUCUGCUGAUUGAAUAAGUAGUUUUCAAGGUACUUUCCAAUGA